CAAAGGACGUGUGAAUCUCAGAGGCAAACAACUAAAAGCUGAGGAGCUGCACACUGGACUGGUUUGUGUAAAAUCUACUUUUCAGAAGUGGAUCAGACACAUUUUUACUUCUGGAGCUCAAAUCAAAAGAGGAAGAACCUGGUGCCUUUAUACCACUGUAGAUGUACUGGACUGCGUUUUCUGAGGAUCAAGUCAUGUAGCCACUGGAAGUCUUUCAUUUCUUGAACAGUUCGACAUAUUGGGACUUCAGAGCUGAAAAUGAGCCCGGGCGGCAGGUGGUUGUGUUUGUUCACCCUUGGGAUUCUUGCUUCUCAGUGUGGAGGCACCGGGCAGUGCAUUGACGGGAUUACAGUCAAUGUGAUUCUGCUAGAAGAUCAAGACUAUCCCUGGAGCCUGAAGUUUGUGCAUGGAGAAAUACAGGAGGCUGUAGAGAAAGAUACAGCCAUUAAUGCUGCAGAAGGUGUGGGGUUUAAUCUCACAGUGAACUUUGAAGGGUUAAACACAACACAUUACUACCGCAAAGGAGGCUGCGAGAGCAGCCCGUGUGAGGCGGUGGAGAAGCUAAACAAACUAAUGCAUACAGGGAGGUUGGGAUGUGCUGUGCUGGGGCCAACCUGCACCUAUGCAACUUUCCCAAUAGUUGAUGGAGAAAAAGGCUUUAAGCUCGGGACACCCAUCCUCUCAGCGGGAAGCUUCGGUACCUCCUGCGACUACACACUCAACUUGCAGCGGCUCCUACCGCCGGCACGCAAAAUCUCUGACUUUUUCAUCCACUUCUGGAUUGACAAAAACAAGAUCAAACCCAACUGGGACACAGCCUAUAUUUAUAAAAAAGCGGACAAUACAGAGGAUUGCUGGUGGUACAUGAAUGCACUGGAAGCAGAUGGCAAGUUUGACGUAAAUAUUUCUAGUACGGUGCUCCGCACACCUGGAGAACUGCAUGACUCUCUUGUAUCGCAGAAAAAUCGAUCAAGUAAUCUGAUCAUCAUGUGUGGCUCACCGGAUGACUUAUUGGAGGCGAAGAAUGGCUCAAAGGCAGCAGACAGCAGUGACCUUCUCUUCAUCCUCAUUGAUCUUUACAAUGACAUUUACUACAUUAACACAUCACGAGCAGAGAUGAAGAAUGUGUUGGUGCUGACCAUGCCCAACACCAGAAACUACAUCAUCAGUUCAAACCUCAAGGGCAACAAAACGAAUCAGAUGAACGAUUACAUGGCUGCAUACCACGACUCGGUGCUGGUGAUAGGUCAGGUGAUGAGAGAAAUCUUCAGAAAAAAUCGUUCAGAGAUUCAGCAGAUGGAGUUUGUGAAUGUGAAUUACUUCAGGAACACCUCCUUCAAUGGAAGUGCUGGAUAUUAUAAGCUGGACUCAUAUGGAGACAGAGAUGUGAAACUCUCAGUCAUUUACACCACCAUUGACAACAAGUACAGGCUUUUAUUCACUUUUGAUACCGAGUACAACGAGACUGAAGUUGUGGAGGAGGAUCCUUCUUUCAUCUGGGGAAAAAGGCUGCCGAGCUCUAAACCAGACAAAGCCCCUGACUUUGAUGACAUCAUUGUCGCCGUGUUGGCCGUCACCGUGGCGGUUGUGGCCACCAUUGCCUUUAUUUUUUACAGACAGAACAGGAAAGAUCGGCAGCUGAGGAAGCGUUGGUCCCACAUUAACUCUGAUCUCAUCACUUUACUGGAGGAUAAUGAACACAAUGUCAUCUCCCUCAAGAUUGAAGACGAGAGGAAGAAGGGGAAAUUCAAGAUCCGCCGCGGGCUCUAUGAUAAGAAGAUUGUGAUCCUGAAGGACCUGAAGAAGUCAGACGGGAACUUCAACAAAGCUCAGAAGAUAGAGCUCAAUGCACUUCUGCGCAUCGACUAUUACAGCCUCUCAAAGUUUUAUGGCACAGUGAAGUUUGAUCAGGGCGUGUUUGGAGUGUUUGAGUAUGGAGAGCGGGGGUCACUCAGGUAUGUGCUGAACAACAAGGUGUCGUACCCAGAGGAGACCUUCAUGGACUGGGAGUUCAAGAUAUCUGUCAUGUACGACGUUGCCAAGGGCAUGUCCUACCUCCACGCCAGCGACAUCCAAGUUCACGGACGCCUCAAAUCCACCAACUGCGUGGUGGAUAAUCGCAUGGUCGUGAAGAUCACAGACUUUGGUUGUAAUGCUUUUCUCAGCCGUGGGCAAGACUUGUGGACUGCUCCCGAGCACCUGAGGAAAGAGGGCACCUCUCAGAAAGGAGACGUCUACAGCUUUGCCAUCAUCUGUCAGGAGAUUGUUCUCAGAAAAAACACCUUCUACACCGAGACUUUCUUCAACCGAGCAGAAAAGCUGUCCAGGGUGAUCACAUCCUUCUAUUCAUUCAGACCUGAUCUCAACUCUGAGACGGCUUCAGAGAAAGAAUCAGAGGUGUACAAUUUGAUAAAAAGCUGUUGGGAUGAGGACCCGGAAAAAAGACCCGACUUUAAGAAGGUAGAAAACUUUCUGGGGAAAAUUAUCAGUAAAAUCCACAACCAGGAUAAUGAAAGCUACAUGGACAACAUGAUCAGAAGGCUGCAGAUGUAUUCCAGAAACCUGGAGCACCUGGUGGAGGAGAGGACGGCCCUCUACAAGGCAGAGAGAGAUCGGGCCGACCGCCUCAACUGCAUGCUGCUUCCUCGCCCAGUGGUGAAAAGCCUGAAGGAGACCGGUGUGGUGGAGCCGGAGCUCUACGAUGAAGUGACGAUAUACUUCAGCGACAUCGUGGGGUUCACCACGCUGUGCCAGUACAGCACGCCGAUGGAAGUGGUGGAUAUGCUUAACGACAUCUACAAGGGUUUCGACUGCAUCGUUGACCACCAUGAUGUGUACAAGGUGGAGACGAUCGGCGAUGCCUACAUGGUUGCCUCCGGCCUGCCAAAGAGAAAUGGGAACAGGCAUGCAGUGGACAUCUGCCGCAUGGCGUUGGACAUCUUGGCGUUCAUGGGCACCUUCCAGCUCCGGCAUCUACCCGGUAUCCCUGUGUGGAUCCGCAUUGGCGUGCACUCAGGCCCCUGUGCAGCCGGUGUUGUGGGGAUGAAGAUGCCCAGAUAUUGUUUGUUUGGUGACACGGUCAACACAGCAUCUCGUAUGGAGUCGACAGGACACCCGCUGCGGAUCCACGUCAGCGGGCCCACAAUAAAUAUCCUGCAGAGGACUGAGUGCAAGUUUGAGUACGAGAUCAGAGGAGAGACGUAUCUAAAGGGUAAAGGGACAGAGACAACCUACUGGUUGACAGGAGAAACCGGGAAAGACUAUGACCUCCCUACUCCACCAACAACAGAGAACUUCCAGCGCCUGCAGCAGGACCUGGCACACACGAUCCUGGAGUGUCUGGAGCACCGCUCGCGCUCGUCUAUUCGUAGGAGGAAACCCCAUAAGAGUGAGGACAAGGGGGUUGACGAAGACCAGGAAUCGGGGGUGGAGUCUGAGGGCAGCCAUCCUGAAUACCUUCACCUGGCAACGGUGGACAACACGCUCAGCACCUUCCUGUAGGGCAAACUGCUGUAGAGGACUGCGUUGCUACAGGGCUUCAGAAUGGAUAAACAAAGAGCAGACAUACACUCUUUUUAAUUGUUCAACAUCUAAAACAUUCAAGAAGAAAAUAUUACGCGGAUUUAAUUUCUUGUAACAAUUUCCUUGCCUUUUUCUUGUUGCUGCAGCUCCUCGUUAAAAGUCCUGGUUUAAAAAUCGUGGAGAGGGCAGCCAAGCAGGGACAAAACCUAUUUAUUUUCUUGGAAACUGAGGCCCUUAGAGGUUUGAACUGAAGCCCGUGUUAGGAGUCAAACACCCUCCCAACCAUAUUCAAACGAAGUUAAACCUUUUCAGAAAAGCGUUCUGGAAAUUAUCCGCCCAGGAAAGUAACAGGUGACGGUUGUCAGGAUUGGCUAUAAAGGGAGCGUCUUUCCUUUAUUAGAUUGUUCACCACUUUAUGCAGAACUCCAAAGGAUCUGUGAUUAGAUCAGUCAUUGUUGAUGCAAACAUGCAAAGAAAUACCCCCCCUCCCAACUGGAGGUAAAUGAACUGUUGCUGUGUUCUUUCUAACAUAAAAGUUAUUAGAUAAGAUUAUAGUGUUGCUUUGUAAUGAUUUGCUACCUGAAUCAUGUGGUCGUUCAAGCACACAAUUAUGUUGUUACCUAGCAACAAUCACCAGCGUUGUACAGAAAAACUUUCAGACACUUGGAUGAAAACAAUGUGCAUUUCUUGGAUGAACGAUCCCACCAAGAGGCCAGAGAUCACACAUCCCCACAUCUGUAAUUAAGUCUCUGACGCUGUCCUUUCAAUGAAACAUCACAUCUUUUAACAUGAGAACUGAUUCCUUUUUUUUUAAACCAUAAACGUAUAUACGUCAUGUCUUAUGGGUCCCACAGAUUUUCCAUUUUCAAACAACAAAAAUCUCCUUUUACCAUCCUCUCAAGAAAGGACACAAAAACAAAAACUGGGAUUUAAUUUUUUUUUAAUUAUUAUUUGACGAGCAAAAUAUAAACGUGACACAACAACUGGCUGAAACCCCUUGUUUUUUUUUAUUAGUUACCACUAGCAGUUCUCCAGCAUUUUUUUUCACCCACAAAGGGUGGUGGUGAUCAUCCCCAGGAGAGGGAUGCUAUGGAGAACUGUUUCUCAUCCAUUGAAACUUGUCCUACAUAAUUAAAGGAACUACAUGCAGCAACGCCACUUCUGGCAUAAAACACAACAAACUGCAGCUCCAGUGGGGCGAAGCGGUAUUGAGACAUACCCAAUCCUCCCCUCAUUGGCACAGCGUUGUCAGCAGCUCUUUUGUAAACUCCAAUCUAUGCGCCCCCCUGUGGGCAGAAGGUGUCUUUCUACAUAGAGUGCCUUUAAGAGAAUCUGCAAGUAAAUAUCCUUUAUUCAUAAAUAAAGUGUCAUUAAGUUAAGCGAGAUGCAACAGUGGUUAUAAUGCUUGUUUUUUUUUGGUGUCGCUAGCAUAUAAAUUUGUUUAUAUUUUCUGAAUUCAAUGUUGCUGGUCAUUGAAGCCACUGAAAUGUUCUUCCUUUGUCUUUGAGUCUGAAAAAUAAACAUUAAAUUAAAAGUUUUAAGACUUUUACAUAAACAUUU